GUUAUAACAAUACAUCCCGGAUAGGGUGUGCCGUUUGUUAACAUUACACGUCAAAGCAAUAACUCUAAACAUAUGUUUUGUUUGGGAUUACACUUUCUCAGUUACAAUAACUCUAAAGAUUUUGUUCGUUGUCGUUAACAGUGAGAAGAUCCAUCUGUGCUGGACCAUUCAUCAUUUAAAGUUUAUGAACUAUUUGAAACAACGUCUGCAGGAUGAAGAUCAUAUUUGUGAUUGUUUCCAUGGCAAUACGUGCUGACUGCAUGAUCGACAUCUACCUGUUCGGACUGUUCCCACUGGAUGGUCAGUAUAACGGCGGUCAGGCCCAGCUGCCGGCCGCCAUGUUGGCGGUGGACGACGUCAACAGACGUCAGGACAUUCUACCUGGCUACAGACUGCACAUGAAGUGGAACAAUACCAAGUGCGACAGAGGCGUGGGACUGAAGGCUCUGUCGGACAGCUUGUACACUACAGACAUCAAGCUGAUGGUCAUUGGAGGAGCAUGUUCUCAGGUGUCAGAGGCAACAGGCAGGGUGUCGCAUCUGUGGAACCUCGUCCAGAUCUCCUAUGGGUCGGUGUCUCCAUCACUGUCAAACAAGAAAGAGUUUCCAAAGUUCUUCAGACUUAUCUCUCCUGAAUCCAACACCAACAAGGUCCGUGUGAAACUAUUCCGACAUUUUGGAUGGAAAAGGAUAGCAAUCAUCUCUGAGAACAUGGAUCUGUUUUCUUCAGCAACUGAAGAUCUUAUAAAACAGCUUCAUGCUGCGAACAUCACGGUACAAUCACGCCAGUUUUUCAACGAUCCAACAAUUGAAGUUAAAGACCUCAAGAAUCAGGAUGCACGAAUCAUUGUCGGCAACUUCUACCCCCAGCGAGGACGGGAAGUCAUUUGUCAGGCGUUUCGAGUCGGGCUGUACGGAAGGAAGGUGGUGUGGCUACUCCCAGGCUGGUUUCAACCCGACUGGUACACGAUAUAUGACGACACUGCCAACUGUACCGCCCAGGACAUCCUACAGGUUAUAGACAACGCCUUCAGUCUGGACAACAUCUACUACAAUCCGAACGAUGACGUGGCAAUCUCUAACAUGACGUCAGCGCAGUUCCGGUCAAGAUUCACGGAUCUAUUGAACCGGACAAAAAACAACACAUUCUUAUCCGGGUACGAGCGUGCACCCGCUGCCUAUGAUGUUAUUUGGGCUGCAGCCAUUGCGUUGAAUCAAACAAACAACUAUCUCAAACAAACCAAUGACUCCCUAAGAAUCGAAAACUUUACGUACCUGGACAACAGACUGGGACAGCUGAUAUAUGACCACGUCUCCAAACUCAAGUUCACUGGUCUGCCUGGCGACGUCCAGUUUGAUGACCGCGGCGACCCGAAGAGUUUAGUCAGCAUACGUGUGUUUCGAGACCCGAAUAUCGUCCAAGUGGGCGAGACAGACACAUUCGACCGCGACAUACAGUGGCUGUUGCCAGAUUUCAGUGUGUUCAGAGAUGGGCGUGUCCCUGUGGACAGCGUGAGGGUGGAGGAGAGGAUCAUCACGCUUCCGUUGCCUGUGUACAUCGCCAUGUGUUGUUUGGCUGGAGCCGCCAUGUUGUUGGCCAUCGCCUUCCUUGUAUUCAACGUUGUCUGCCGGAAUGAACGUAUAGUUAAGAUGUCCUCCCCCAACCUGAACAACGUGAUCCUCAGCGGCUGCGUCAUCACCUACACAGAGGUGUUCCUGGCCGACCUCCACAACAGCAGCAGCCAGUGCCAGGUAUUUCAAGCUAAGAUCUUCGUCUUGACGGUUGGUUUCUCGAUGACGUUUGGUGCUCUGUUCGCCAAGACCUGGAGGGUGUAUGUCAUCUUCAAAUCCAAGUUCAUGGUUACCACGAACAAGGUGUACAAGGACUGGAGCCUGUUUCUGUUGGUCGGUGUUCUGAUCCUGGUCAACUCGGGCAUCCUGCUGGCCUGGAUACUCACAGACUCCAUCACCAUCACCCAUCACAGACUGACACCUCAGACACUAACAGAAGCUGAUGUCAUCAUCCAGCCCGUUGUCCAUCUCUGUAGCUCAACGAACAGCAAGUACUACCUUGGAUCCAUCCUCGCUGUGCAGGGGACAUUGCUGUUGUAUGGAGUCUUCCUAGCCUGGGAAACCAGGAAGGUCCACGUGGAGGUUCUGAACGACUCUGGCUACAUCGGGGUCUGCAUCUACAACACAGUAGUCAUGGCAGUGAUGGGAGUCAUUGUGUGUCUCUCCCUCAGGGAGGAGGUCCUUAUAUAUUACUCAGUUGAGUCAGCCGUCACUAUCUUCACAACCACAGUCACCCAGAUGCUCAUCUUUGCCCCCAAGAUCAAAGCGUACAGGACUGACAAGAGUCUUCAGAAGCGAGGAGUUGUAUCAGGCGUAAAACUCAUGCAUGAUAUCUCUCGGGUCUCGUCUGAAGGGGCAGUCACCGUUGAGGCAAGCUGUGAAGAUUCAUCCGAAGUCAAUUCGUCGAUUCAGGGGAACUAUCUCGAUUCAAAAGAUGUUCAAGCUAUUCAGUCACACGAACAGUAUAUCUGAUGGCCGCAUGUCAUCAAGAGCAUGGUUGGCACAAUGCGCUGUAGACAUUGGGUAACCCUGAGCCAUGUUUGGAGUCUCUCAACAUCCUCCAUCACUGAACUUUCCCCAACCGACCGUGCUCAGUCAGAACUCAGUCUCACACAAGGCAGCAGUCAUACCUCAAUGUGUGUGUCAUGGACAUGUUCUCAUGUGUAUUAAUAUCAUAGGUUCUGAAAACAUUUUACAUAAUUCCUCAAAAUGAAGAUUUCAUAUUGAAAUCAUAGCGGACUCGCAAAUCAUACACAUUGACAUAACACAACCAGUGCACAGAUGAAGGAAUAUGUGACAAGACAAGACACUAGUCAAUUCUACUAGUUGAAAUUAUAUAUAUUUAAUAAAAAACGUUGGAGAUACUCAGACAUAACUCAUCUUCAAAAGAUAACCGACUAGAGGCUUGCUUUGCAUCCCUAUUGUAUAUCAGUAAGUACAGAUGGACUGCCAAGUCGCUUAGCAUCUGAAUGAUUCCUGGAGCCGUAACAACUCUGAUCCAAUUAUCCUGAAUUAAUCUAUUUUAUUUUAAAGUCAGACAUUUUCCGUUGAUUCCGUAUUCGUUUUCAUAUAUGUUGAACGUGAUUAUUGUCUGAGAUUUCAAGAACAAAUUUUGUAUAACAUGUUCAACAAGUUAUUGUCCAAUGAAUUUUGAAUCUGUUAUAAUGUUGUUAGAAUGGCCUUAACACCAGUGUAAUGUACGUCAUCAUGCACGUUGUGGUGUAACGCAAUUUCGGUCACCAAUAUAUAAACAUACUGAUUCCUGACCAACAUCUUUAUAACGGUUGAUACAUGAAAAAUCUAUAACAGAUAUCGCCAACAUCGUAAAGUGUAAUGAGUCGUGAAGAUUCAGGGGAGUGGUAAGGCUGGAUUCAGUCAGCGUCAGGCAGAGUUCUCCCUAGAGAAGUGAUAAAUACACAUGUAAGUUAUUGUCUGGGGUUCAACACAGCGCAUACACGCAUAAAAUAACAAAAUAUAUUUGUAUCACAAGACCUACGGUAGUGCGCGAAACUGUAAUACCGUAAUACAUCUACAAGAAUGUUCAUCAUGAACGUUGUUUCAUUUCAAGCUGACAAUGUGACUGUGAACAAUGAAUCUAUUGUGUUGGAAUUGUGGUUAUUGUGGCAUUUCUUAAAGGGCAAAACAAGGUCCAGUUAGAUGCGAAUUAUGUCAAACAUGUAUAAUUAUAUAAUGUCCAAAACAUGUCUAUAUUCUGCUUAUCAUGAAUACUUAAUAUCUAUAUGAAAUGAAAACGUGUAUAACAUUCAUCUUUACUAUUGUAAUUUAUUAUUGUCUGAUAUGUUUAUAUGAUUCAUUGCAUUGAAAAUUACCGUGAUGAUAACCGUUUGUUUGAAUCUACAUCUGUAUAAAUAUUGCAACUCUGA